AUGUCAUCAAACAACGAUUCUACCCCCACGGGGACAACAGCCCUCUCCCCUUCGGCCCCAACUCAAACACAGAGUACAGACGCCCAAGCCCAAUUCACUGCGGCCGUAGACGACCUACUCGACCAACUGCAGCAUAAAUUCGAUACCGUGUCGCGGGAGAUGUUUGGGAAGUUUGACGAUAUGGCAAGGCGGCUUGAUGAACUGGAGGCUUCGCUGAAUGCUGCGGAGGAUGCGGGGGCGGGGCCCGCGACGGCGACGACUCCGACUCCGACUGCGAAGUGA